ACUCGUGUUUGAUGCCAGAUAAUAGAAGACCAUGGCUGAUAAAGAGGAGCUAGGGAUCAGGCUGAAGAAGCUGCUGGUGAGGUUGAACCUUCAAGAGGGGAAGCAGUUGGGCACCAUGGUCCAGAUUAUGCAAGACCUGCUGUUCCUGUCCCAUACGGAGCACUGUGUUGAGCUGUUUGCUGAUCAAAACGUCCAUAUGCCUCUGAUUCUGGUAUUAUCAUCGCAUUUUAACAACAAAGUUCAGCAGGUAGGCUGGUCUCUGCUCUGUCGUCUGAUGGAGAUCUGUCCCGACACUCUGGACAGUCUGGCCAACCCUGAUGAAUAUGAGUUUACUGAGGUGCACAAGCAGAUCCUAAAGGUGCUUUCAGUGUAUCGUAAAGAUUCCAAGAUGAUGAUGGUGGGCCUGAGAGCUCUGGCUCUCCUACUGAAGUCAGAUGUGAUUCUGAUGCAAGUUCUGGACGAGGUAGAGAUGGACGUUUUUGACUUGGUUCUGGACACCAUGAGGUCAUUUCAUGACAAAGAAGAGGUUCAGCUACAGGGAUGUGCUGCUUUACAACUACUGCUGCAAACUGUUUCUGAUGCUCACCUGGUGGAGUUCAUUGAUAACAAGGACCAUGAGGUGGUUUUGGACGCGCUCAGGCGGUUCAUGGACAGUGACAAUGUGGUACUGCAAGCUCUGAGGGUCCUCAUACCACUGGCUGCUCCAGCCAGCAAUAUUGAGAUUCUGAUGUCCAAACCCAUUAAAUGCUACAGUCUAGUUUGUCAGGCUAUGGACAUGUGGCUCGACUCGGAGCCCAUACAGGAGGCUGGUUGCUGUCUGUUACGGAAAUUUACUUCAGAGAGUUACUAUAACAUACUGGUGCUUAAUGGUGUCCAUAAGGUGGUGGUGAAAGCAUGUGUCUCUUAUCCUAAGAAUGCCACAGUGCAGACCACUGGCCUUUCCUGCCUGAGCGCACUCGCCGAGUGUAUUGUACAAAAUGUAGGGCUGGAGGAGGACGAGGCAAAACAGAAAGAAGCCACCCAAGGGGAGGAAAUGCUUAUCUGGAGAGAGGCCUGUUAUACUGCUUUAGAGAGACAUGCUGACAAUCCUGCAGUGCAGGAAACUGUAUGUUGGGCUUUAAACAGCUUGCUGCUUCAUUACAACUCCUUCAACCAUGUGGAACUGGAAGGAAGACCUCCCCUUCAUUCUCUCAUCAUGGCUGCCAUGCUUUUGCAUUCAUCCAGUGUGGAGGUUUUCCAAGCUGCUUCCUGUACACUACUCACACUAAUACAGCGCCACAGUAGGAUAAGGGCCCUGCUGCUGUCACAUGGCAUUCAUGUCAACAUUGUGCAUCUGAUGCAGAAACACGCAAACUCCAGCGCUGUGUGUGAAAGAGCCUGCAAACUGCUUCACACACUCUUCCAGGGAGCGAGGGCCAGUCUAGAUGACGGGACCCUGAUGCUCGGUCAGAUCCUGACUGCUCUCAGGACACAUAACUUCAUUCCUGAAGUUCAGCUGGAGGGUCUCAGAGCCAGUUUAGUUCUCCUCAGUCCAGACAGGAGUUUAAGAGAGCAUGGCACCUCGGUGGCGGAUCCUGACACGGUGGACGUGUCCCUGCGAGUGCUGAAGAACCAGUGUGUACUAGAGGGAGCUCACACUGUCUAUCUACAGGCACUUAAUAGGUUUAUCAGUAGUGAGGAGAUUCAGGAGUGUGGACUUGGUGUGCUCUCGGCGCUAGCUGACUGUUCUGGAGCCGUUGACCUCAUGUGCCAGCAGGGAGCGAUAGAUACGGUUCUUCAUACGCUGCAGAUGUUUCCACAGGAGCGCGAAGUUCACUACUGGGGCCUUAGUCUUCUGUUUCACCUCAUCUCUAAGAAGAAGCUCUCUCGUAUGGUGGUGCCUGUACUGGCCUCAGUUUUGGUCAGCUCUGUACGGCAACACAAAGAGGACACUGUCAUGCUUCUAAAGGGUCUUCGGGCGGUGUGGAAGUUGUUGGACACCUGCUCGAGUGCCGCAGCAUGGCUGCAGAAAGAAGCCUUCGAGAAAGAAAUCUUCCAGAUCCUGCGGGAAAGUACAACAGACCAGCGCCGAGAUCCACUGCAGGGAAUGAGUUGCCUGUGCCUGUCUAAGAUGGUGGCGGACAGUGAGAUCCUGUACACGCUGCUGGACCGAGCGUGUGAGGACGGUGAUGUGGACAUGGCAGAAUGUCUCAUCCAGCUGGGUGCUGACAUCAACAAGAAAACAAAGAGCGAUUCACUUAUAUAUCAGGUUUGUGAUCGAGGGGCUCCUCUGGCACUGCUGGAGCUGCUGGUUUCUGCAGGUGUUCAUGAGCAGCAGUUACGUGGAGCUCUGAGCGUGUGUGUCAGGAGGGGCGAUGACCCUGCCGUCACCCUCUUGCUCGGCCGUCUGGGGCUGGACCACGCCAACAAUGCCCUGUGCCUCGGGAGCUUCCGCCUCGGACAAAUGAAAGCGUUGUGGCUUAGCGCUCUGCUCUCGGAGCACAAAACUCAGUCUCCUGUCAACAACAAGAACAGUAAAGGUCAGCGUUUAGCCGGACAGAUCUUGUCAUUCCAGAGGAAUAAAGGGUUUGUGGGAGUUGGUAGAUUACGGAGUGAUGCCAGCACAUCAGAAUAUUUCACAGAUGAGGAAAGUGACGAAUCACACAUUUCCUUAGAUGAAAGUCUGGUCUCAUUGUUUGAUGACAUGGAGAUUGACGGGAGUGAUGGGCCUUCACAAGGAUUGUUGCUUUUCAACGAUUCUCCAGAAGUGGGCAGGAAACCUGCUUGGCGACAUCCCAGCUGGCGUGGACAUGCCAAUUCAGAGGGAUGCCAUGGUGAGACGGAUCCUAGCGUACCUCUACAUAAGCACUUUAACUCUCACAACAUUAGAGGGCAGGGUUUCAUGGAAAACUCCACUACUGGUGCUUUUCCUCUGGCCGUAGACAAAGAGCCCAUCCGUCUGCUGGACCUCUCAGGGAAUGAGCUGGGCAAUCUGUCCUGUCUGAUGGGUGCAAGCGCUCUCAAACAGCAGAUUGAAAGCCUUCUUCGGCUUGAUUUGAGCAGCAACAGUCUAUCAGAGUUUCCCAGUGUUCUCUGUCAGCAUUUAAGAAGUCUUAAGCGUCUAGAUCUUCAAGGUAACCUCCUGCAGUCACUUCCUGUGGAGCUUCUGGGUUUACCUGCACUGAGCACGCUCAAUGUUUCUCGCAACUGCAUUGGUCCUCUUCUGCUGCUGGACCCAACUGUGUGCAGUCCAGCCUUACGCCAGCUCAACCUUUCCUUCAACCAGAUCACUGUCUUCCCCUUCCAGCUGGGGCAGACCAUGGACAGACUUGAGGAGCUCUUAUUGGAGGGCAAUCAGAUAUCAGCACUGUCUCUCCCACUCAGCCUGGCUGAGUUGAAAGUUUUAGACAUCAGUAAGAAUCAAGUAAAAAUCAUUUCAGACAACUUCCUCACUGAAUGUCUCAAGUUGGAAACUUUCAUCGCUUCAGUUAACCAAAUCAGUUCAUUGUCACACCUUCCUUCAAAAAUAACCACUGUUAAACUAUCACAGAACAAUUUCACAAGUGUUCCUGAAAUAAUCAGUGACUUGCCAAAUUUGCGUUUGGUGGACAUGAGAAAUAACAGUAUUAGUGUUCUGCCGGGACCGGCUUUGUGGGUCAGUGUAAACCUAAGAGAGCUGAUGUUCAGUCAUAAUCACAUCUCUGUGCUCGACCUGAGCGGCCCGGUGUACAAGUGGGCCAGACUGGAAAAACUUCAUUUGAGCUCCAACAAACUCACUGAGAUCCCUCCUCAGAUCGGUAUGUUGGAGGGCCUGACAUCUCUUGAUGUCAGUCAGAAUGAAGGUUUGCGCUCUUUCCCUGAUGAGAUGGGAAAGCUGGUUCAUUUAUGGGAUCUACCUCUAGAUGGUCUGAAGCUCCAGAUGGACCUCAAGCACAUUGGGAACAAAACCAAAGACAUCAUCAGAUUCUUGCAGCAGCGUCUGAAGAAAGCUGUACCAUAUUACCGCAUGAAACUCAUUGUGGUCGGCAGCCCAUGUAGCGGGAAAAGUUCUUUGAUUCAUCAGCUGAUGAAGCUCAAACACUCUCAUUGGAGAUCUGAUCAGCACACCAUCGGCAUCAGCGUUAGAGACUGGGCCAUCAGAAACAAAGACAAGAGGAAAAUGCUCCUGAAUGUUUGGGAGUUCUCAGGUGGUGAAGAGUGCAGUGGAUUUCACCCUCACUUUAUGAGCUCCAGGGCACUCUAUCUAGUGCUGUAUGACCCGAGUAAAGGACCCAGUGAGAUAGACGCCAUCAAACCCUGGCUCUUUAACAUUAAAGCCGUAGCCGGACAGUCCCCUGUGAUUGUGGUUGGAACUCAUGCAGAUGUGUGUGAAGAACACCACCUACAGGAGUGUGUUCGGAAGCUGCGAGAGGAGCUGUCUCAACCGGGUUUUCCAGUGAUCAAAGAGAACCACAUACUAUGUGCCUGUGAGGAGUCUGAGUCCGUCAGCAGGUUGCGCAAAGCCUUGUAUAGAGAGCUCAUUGGGUUCAAGAUCCAGGGUCAGCCGGUAAUGGGGCAGCUGAUUCCAGACUGCUAUGUGGAGUUAGAGAGGAGAGUUUUACAGGAGAGGUCACAUGUACCCACUGAUUUCCCAGUGCUCAGUCACAACAGACUACUGGAGAUUAUACAGGAAUCACAGCUGCAGCUAGAGGAGGGAGAGUUACCACAUGCCAUUAACUUCCUCAGUGAGGCUGGUGUCCUGCUGCACUUUGAUGAUCCAGUGCUUCAGCUAAAGGAUUUGUACUUCAUUGACCCACAAUGGUUAUCUAACAUCAUCUCACAGACGCUCACUCUAAGGAGCACUGGUCAGUGGGGCAGCACUAGAGGUGUGGUGCAGCGAACCACUGUAGAAAAGUUUCUAAACAAAAGUCGCUGUUUCCCAAAAAAUCAUCUGACUCAGUACUUCAAACUAUUGGAAAAGUUUCAAAUAGCUCUUCCCUUUGGAGAUGACCAGUUACUUAUACCUAGCAGCCUAUCAGAUCAAAGGCCAGUGAUUGAGCUCCCUCACUGUGAGAAUUCAGAGGUGAUUGUUCGGCUUUAUGAGAUGCCAUACUUCCCCAUGGGCUACUGGUCCAGACAGAUCAGCCAUCUGUUGGAAGUGUCUGCAUUCCUGCUCUACGGCAAAGAAAAAGCAUUGAGACCAAACAGGAUCUACUGGAGGAAGGGCAUCUAUCUGAGCUGGUCUGCUGAAGCUUACUGUCUGGUGGAGGCAUUGUCUCUAGAAGACAACCCAGCUAGCUUCAUCAAGAUCACUGUCCCCUGCUCUCUCAAAGGUCGUGUGUUGUUUGGGCAGGUGGUGGAUCACAUUGACUCUCUGCUGGAAGAAUGGUUUCCAGGCCUCCUCGUCACUGAUGUCCAUGGCACCGGAGAGACACUGCUUAAGAAAUGGGCUGUGUACAGCUUCAGUGAUGGAAAAAACUGCCAAAAGAUGCUGCUGGAAGAUCUUCUCUCCAAAAUCAAUGCAGAUGGUUUGCUGGUGAACCCAGAAGACCCCAGCUGUACUCUGCCAAUCUCUCAGAUCUCUCCAGACCUGGUACUGUGUGAUCAGGCGUCCAGCACCAUACUGGAUCCAGAGCAACUGGAGAUGGAGCUCUCAAUGGACUAUAUGUUGGGAGAUGGAGGCUUUGGCUCUGUAUAUAAAGCUGUGUACAAGAAUGAGGAAGUUGCUGUGAAGAUUUUCAAUAAACAUGCAUCUACACUUUAUGUUCAUCGGCUGCUACGACAGGAACUGGCAGUUCUUGGCAGACUGCGUCACCCCAGUCUGGUGGGGCUUUUGGCUGCUGGUUGUAACCCGCACAUUCUUGUGAUGGAACUCGCCCCAUGUGGCUCUCUGGACUCGCUUUUUGAGUAUGAAAACAGCCGCCUCAGCCGCAAACUACAGCACAGGAUAGCACUGCAUGUGGCAGAUGGUCUCAGGUAUUUGCACUCUUCUAUGAUUAUCUACCGAGAUCUGAAGCCGCACAAUGUUCUGUUGUUUAACCUGAAGACGGAUGCUGAGGUCAUUGCUAAAAUCACAGACUAUGGCAUAGCGCAGUACUGUUGCAGUAUGGGUGUCCGCAGCUCAGAAGGAACACCAGGUUUUAGAGCCCCGGAGGUCGCCCGAGGUAAUGUCAUCUAUAACGUCCAGGCAGAUGUAUAUUCGUUUGGUCUGCUGCUGUAUGACCUUUUGACUUACGGUGAACGGAUAUCCGAUGGAAUGAAGUUUCCUAGUGAGUUUGAUGAGGUGGCUGUGCAGGGAAAACUACCAGAUCCAGUUAAAAAUUAUGGAUGUUCUCCGUGGCCUGGGUUUGAGUCUUUGAUGAAGGACUGUUUGAGAGAAAACCCACAGGACAGGCCUACAUCUGCUCAGGUGUUUGAUCGUCUGAAUUCUGUAGAGAUGCUUUGUCUGAUGCGAGAGCUGACUGUGAUGAGUUUGCCAGGUGAGUGUUUCACUGUCUCCAGUGCCGAUGGAGGUGCAGACGGAGGUAAAAAUAUCCGUGUGUGGAUUGGAGGUGGCAGUUGCAGCCAGAAAUUAGGCUGUGUGACAUCACUGCAACUGGAGACAGGAGGAAGCUUGAGCCAGGAGAUUGACAGCAGUCCUAUCCUCUGCAUGGUAAUCAUCAGAGCUCCAGGGUCAUGCAGUGACUGGUUAGUUGCUGGGACACAGUCAGGUUCACUCUUUAUCAUGGACACAAUAAACGCUGAGGUUCUGCACUGUCUGAAGAGUGUGAAGGACUCCGUGACAUCACUCUACUUUCACACUGACCUUCAUCACAGAUACUUAAAGAAUUACCUUUUGGUCGGGACAGCAGAUGGAUCACUGGUCAUUUAUGAAGAUUCAGUCUUGAAGGUGAAGAAUGGUGGUCCAGUGAAAAGACUGCAGGUUGGUGAUGUGAACACUCCUGUGAUGUGUCUCGGUCCGUCCAGUCACCCUCAGGACCGCAGAGGUCUGUGGGCGGCCUGUGGCAGCAGGGUGAUCUCGCUCACAGUGGAAUAUGACAUCUUCAGGAGCAUAGACACCAGACCCAAACAGCUGUUCCCGCAACAGGAUCGAAUCAGCAGUGAUCCUUGUAUAUCACGGUUAGCGGUGGACAAACAUGUAUAUGUAAGUAAAAGGGGCGGCCACACUGUGGAGGUCUGGGAUAAGAAGACUGAGAGGAUGGUGAACCUCAUUGACUGCGCACAGAUACUUGGAUUAAGUACCGCCAAAAAGCUCAAAGCCCAGAGUGAGGACCAGUCUAGACAAAUGGUGUCAUCUUCGGCGAUUGUUAAAGCUCUGUUGGUCCAGCACAGUGGUACUCUGUGGAUUGGGACCAAAGCAGGACACAUCCUCUUGGUGGAAGUCUCCAGCUGUCAGCUACUUCAGACCAUCAGCCCUCACUGCCACUCCUUAUGCUGCAUGGGCUCUGUGCUGUUAGACACACUAAACCGAAAGAAUGUUAUUCUAGUAUUGGGUAGACGGCAACGAAUGGCACAAGACCAAAUUAAAACACAAGUCCCAGCUGAGGAUUCAGUGCUGACGGUGUGGAGCAGCUCACUUCCUCUGGAGAGCCGAGAUCUGAUCAGACACUGUGAGCUACGAGACAAGAUCACCAGCAAAAUGAGAGAAACACUGAUCAACAACUGAUCAGCCUCACUGUGUGCGCAUCACUUCUUGUCAUGUAACAUUACUGUUUAGAACGAGGCUCCGCUCACACAGAACUCACUUUCAAACUAAGCAUGUUUCUGUU